AUGGCCCCUCCGUCCGUCAUGACGCCACUGCUGCCACGCGGGUCCGGCCGAGACGGGAACACGGACCCGGAGCGGGAUCCGCCCACGGCCCCACCCCGGCCGACAGGCCACGCGAUGACGCGUCUCCAACAUGCCACAGUCUGCACCUUUGCCGCCGUCCACAUCCUCCGCGGCGUCGGCCUCAUUGCCUACCCGGGAGUGAAAGCAUUGCUUUCUUCGGCUAGCAUCGACCCGUCGCUCCACCUCUUCUGCGCCUUCGUAGGCCUGCGCGACGUCCUCCUAGGCGGCGUGCUGGCCAUGUCGUUGCGGAGGCGAGAGGGUGAGGCGCACGGCGCCCUCGCGGCGAUGCUGCUGAGCGACGCGGUCGACACCUUUGUCCUCAUCUUCGCGGAGGCGGCGACGACGGGUGCGUGGCGGGGCCCUCGUCCGGUCGUGGUUAUCGCUGCCGUCGCCGCGCUCGCAACGGUGGAGCAUAUGACGCUCUGGAGCAUGGCUGGCGACGGGCCUGCCGUGCCGGGUGGAGAUUCGCGCGCGCAUCAGCUGCGCAUCCUGGGGGGUGAGGACAAGAUGGCAAGAUUGGAUUCGUGGAUGCUGGAGAUGCAGAGAGCCGAAACGGCAAAGGGAGGAUAUCGGCGACAGCCAGCAGACGCAGACGCCGAUUAG